GCGUGGAAAACUCGCCGGGAAUUUCCCAGCGCCCGAAAUAUCAAUUUGUUCUGGUGGCCCCGGGGCUGUGAAAUCGCCUCUCCCCGAGCACCCAAACCGGCCUGGGAUGGUUAUGGCACGUUCAGGGGGCAAUUUUCCUGCUGUUUUCUUGCUCCUGCUGGUUGCUGUUCCCAAUUCCUGCGGGUUGGAAUGCAGGGAACACCAAUAUCCUUACCGGGAUAAAUGCUGCAGCGACUGUGCCCCGGGGGAGAGGAUGAGGAACCGCUGCACGGCCACGGCAGACACGGAGUGUAUCCCCUGCCAGGAUGAAUAUUUCAGCAGUGAGCACCACCACAGUUUCUGCAACAGCUGCACAGUCUGCAACACCAGGAGGGGGAGCGUGGAGGUGAAGAAGUGUGAGAAGACCUCGGACAGGGUGUGCAUGUGCCAGGCAGGGUUCAUGCCAGCUGGGCUGCCCCUGGGAAGUGGCACUUGA